AUGGCUACACGUAAACUAGAUGCCGGUUUACAUCCCGAGUUUCAUUAUGAACAGAGACUAUCACCCGUGCGUGCUCGAAUACGUAGUUGGCUGUUGCCUAUUAUUAGGCGAGAGAAGGAGAUUCUAGUUUUCAUACAGAGCUCUCUACGACACCCAUUUCUUGAUUGGUAUUUUCCAAUCACAUCUAAUCUUGGCACACAUACAUUUUACAUGGUUUGUUUGCCAUUAUUAUUUUGGUUCGGUUAUGCACCGUUAGGACGCGGACUGACAUUAGUUGUAGCAUCUGGUGUUUUUUGGACGGGAUUUGUCAAGGAUAUGCUAUGUCUACCAAGACCAUUGUCACCUCCAAUUAACCGCAUGACAAUGUCUGGAACACAUCACCUCGAGUACGGGUUUCCGUCAACACACACUGCUAAUGCUAUCUCAAUCACGCUAUACCUUCUCGCGUUCGUAACACAGAUAAACGAUAUUGAUCCGAAUACGCGAAAAUUUUGUAUCGUGGCGUUGAUUGUUUAUUGUUCGAGUGUGGUGUUGGGACGGAUUUAUUGUGGGAUGCAUUCGAUUACCGGCGGUACUAUCAUGGGUGCAUUUUUGUGGUGGUUUCAAUGGAAUUGGCAAAGUGAUAUUGAUGCAUUUAUACUGAGUGAUAGUUGGUUUGUACCAAUGGCUAUACUAUCAGCUACUGUACUCUUAAUUUAUAUCUUCCCGGAACCCGUUGAUAAUUGUCCAUGUUUCGAGGAUUGUGUUGCAUUCGCUGGUGUGAUAAUGGGAUUAUUACCCGGAUGUUGGCGAUACGCGCGAUCAAAAUACAGUUUACCUGGUAUUGAUCGAGCAAAUGUUCCAUACGAUUAUCAGAUAAUAGGGUUACCUAAAUCUCUGGGAAGGCUUGUAAUCGGAGUGGCCAUACUCUUUAUAUGGCGGAUGGUAAUGAAGAAGAUUCUAUACAUGACUCUACCGCCAUUUUAUCGCGCACUGAAUUUAAAUAUUUAUCGAAAAGAUUACUUACCUGCAAAAGACUACAAAAAUCUUUCGCCAUAUUCAAUCCGUGCUUUCCCAUCUGUGCUUAAUCUUCUCCAAGCGCCAAUUCACUCAACGGGACCUCAAUCGACGGCUGAUUUGUACGAACAAUUAGACGCCGAAAAAGAAAAUGAGCGAGGUUUGAUAGCACGGAGACGUGUGAAUGGAUCUUUUGCGCAUGAUAAUCAUAAUCUCGAUCAGCAUGAUAAUAAAAAUAAUUCUGAAAAGGUUAAUCUUGGCAACAAUAAUAUAAAAAAUGGAAAUGUGAGGGAAUCGAGUAUUAUUGAUAACAACGACAGUGACGAAGAAAAUAAAAAUGAUGAGAAUUUUGAGGACAAUAAACAUAAAAAUGAAAAAAAGAAUAUUGUGUCGUUUGAUGCUAUUGAAGAACCACCAUUGAGAUAUGACGUCGAUGUGGUUGUAAAAUUGGUGGUUUAUGCUGGGAUUGGAUGGUUAGCUGUUGAUUUAAUACCCGUAUUCUUUGAACUCAGUGGACUCGGUGUCAACAUUGUUGCACGGAAUCAGAUUGUAGAACGAUACGCGGAUCUUGAUAGACGAACUUUACGUCCAUUAAUUCCCCAGGACCGUGAAGUUUCACAAGAUUACCCAGACCGUGAAGUUUCACAAGAUUACCCGGUCCAUUUUUUUAAUUCCAUUCUACGUGAGGUUAACUUCGUCGAUUAUACUUAG